CUCUCUCUCACUAAAAACAAUCAUUAGCGCGAGCAUAUUGUUCUAUCUCUCUCGAUCUUGAUGCGAAGGCGAAGAGGAAGACGAAGACGAUGGUGAAGUUUCAAAAUGUUGUUCUUUUCUUCUUGCUCCUCACGGUAGCUGCUCCCAUCCUUCUCUACACCGAUUCCUACACCUCCGUCAACACCCCAUUUUCUAAACGCGAGUUCCUCGAGGACGUAUCCGCCCUGACUUUCAAUUCCGAAGAGAAUCGUUUGAAUCUGAUUCAUCGGGAAUCUCCGGUAGAUGUUAGAAGAGGAGUCGUGGGUGUAGUAUACUCCAAACUAGACUCGGAUUCUCCGUCUAUAAAAGCUAGAGACCAAGUGUCUGCUCGAGUUCUUUCGGCCACCGACGAUGAAACUCAGUCUCAAACUGACAAUACCAUCAAACAAGUCACUGAUCAUGCAGUCUCAGAGAUGGACAAGCCAAAUGACAUGCACGCUUCUGAUGAGAAGGAGAAGGCUCACAAUACGGUACUUUUCAAUGAAAGGAUGCGUGUUCAGUUGACCCAGAAAGAGCCUAAAGACUCUGGAGCUGAGAAAGAGAGUGGAAAUGUGAUGAUCCCUGAUGCUCAGGUGAGGCAUCUUAAAGAUCAGCUGAUUCGGGCAAAGGUCUAUCUUUCACUUCCAGCUGCCAAGGCUAAUGCACAUUUUGUGAGAGAGCUUCGUCUCCGUAUUAGAGAAGUUCAACGGGUUGUCGUAGAUGCCUCCAAGGAUUCCGAUCUGCCAAAGAAUGCUAUGGAAAGAAUGAAAGCGAUGGAGCAAACAUUGGCCAAAGGCAAGGAGAUUCAAGAUGACUGUUCCACAGUGGUUAAGAAGCUACGUGCAAUGCUCCACUCAGCAGAGGAGCAGCUACGUGUCCAUAAGAAGCAAGCCAUGUUCUUGACGCAAUUGACUGCUAAGACGAUUCCAAAGGGCCUUCACUGCCUCCCUCUACGCCUCACUACCGAUUACUAUGCUUUGAAUUCGUCUGAACAGCAAUUCCCCAAUCAGGAGAAACUAGAAGAUAAUCAGCUGUAUCACUAUGCCCUCUUCUCUGAUAACGUUUUGGCUACAUCUGUUGUGGUUAACUCUACCAUAACCAAUGCCAAGCAUCCCUCAAAGCAUGUCUUCCACAUCGUUACUGACAGACUCAACUAUGCGGCAAUGAGGAUGUGGUUCCUAGACAACCCACCAGGCAAAGCCACCAUCCAGGUUCAGAACGUUGAAGAAUUUACAUGGCUGAAUUCAAGCUACAGCCCUGUUCUCAAACAGCUUAGUUCUCGAUCGAUGAUAGAUUACUACUUCAGGGCACACCAUGCCAAUUCAGAUUCCAACUUGAAGUUCCGGAAUCCAAAAUACUUGUCCAUCCUUAAUCAUCUUCGUUUUUACUUGCCUGAGAUCUUCCCCAAGCUCAGCAAGGUGCUCUUCUUGGAUGAUGAUAUAGUUGUGCAGAAGGACCUUUCUGGUCUUUGGUCAGUUGAUCUGAAGGGUAAUGUCAACGGUGCUGUUGAGACUUGUGGGGAAAGCUUUCAUCGCUUCGACCGUUACCUCAACUUCUCAAAUCCACUCAUCUCCAAGAAUUUUGACCCUCGAGCUUGUGGAUGGGCGUAUGGUAUGAAUGUUUUUGACCUGGACGAGUGGAAGAAGCAAAACAUCACAGAGGUUUACCAUAGAUGGCAGAAUCUGAAUCAAGACCGAGAUUUGUGGAAACUAGGGACGCUGCCGCCUGGUCUCAUCACAUUUUGGAAACGAACAUACCCGCUAGACCGGAAGUGGCACGUGCUGGGUCUUGGAUACAACCCUAGUGUGAACCAGAGGGAUAUUGAGAGGGCAGCCGUCGUGCACUAUAAUGGCAACCUCAAACCAUGGCUAGAGAUUGGGAUCCCAAAAUAUCGAGGCCUCUGGUCAAAGCACGUCGACUACCAGCACGUUUACCUCAGAGAUUGCAACAUCAAUCCUUAGAAUUAGAGUCUCUCUAUUGAAGAGCACUGUAAUAUGAUUGAAAUCUUUAUUCCUUUUGUUCUUUUGAUAUCUUCAUUACAUGAAAACCAAAUUGUAGAUGAUACGGUAAACUACAUUUGUUCUGAUGUUAUUGAAAUAUAUCAGCUACUACUGUCACUAUUUGUAAUGAAAUAGCUUCACAAGAA